AUGGUACCGAUACCUGACAGAAGAAUUGUCGUCGACUGUGACGGUGACAGCUCGUCUUGUUCGUCUGAUGUAGUAGCAUUCUGCCCCAAACGAUCAAUCCAAUGGAAAGACGAAAUAUGCGAAUACCAUGAAGGAGCAGUCCUCGAUACCGAUGCUAGCAGAAGGGACAUCUGGUAUCAGCAUUCCGAAUUAUCGCGCAUUAAACGAAAGGCCUUAGUGGUUUCGAAGGAAGCCAACCAAUACGGGUUUGGAUCGCUGCUUACCAAUACAUACGGAAGAGCAGGGGACGAAAUGCAAGACGCGUUGAAUACAUGGUCACGAAACGGAAACUCAAGAAGGGGUUUGGAACGAUGGAUCAAUGAUGAGUAUGCGGCGAAGCGCUCCGACAUUCGAAGGAGGACCAUCCAGUCGGUACUACGGGCUCAAACAAAAAUGCGGGAAGAAGCUAUCAAUAAUGUCGAUUACGGUAUAAAGGUGAUAUCAAGAUUGAGCGAAGCUUUUUCUGUAGACUCGAGAAACUUCGCUUACGCCAUGGCCAUUGCCGACGAAGUGGCCAUGUCCCAUGUCGAAGAGGACUACUCAAUUGUCCAAGAGCGCAAAGCGAAAGCGUUGGCCCAGCAACAACACAUGGCCGCUGCCCCGCCGCGGCUACCGCAGCGGACUCGAGGUCUGUCUUUAACAGGACAUCCUGAGGAGUCCUUCCGUCAUUUCUACUAAUGUUAUGAG